CUGCUCCCGCACGUGCCGCCUCACUCGGCCUCGCGCUCCCGGCAGGAUGCUGCUGGCCCGGGCCCUCCGCGCCGCCGCCGCCCUCCGCCCGCUGCCGCCGCGCCUCCCGCCCGCCCCGCUGCUGCGGCGGCCCGCGGCCCUGCUCUGCGACGCCCGCCCCUUCACCCGCAGCCUCUGGCUGCUCCGCGGGGGCGCCGCCGGGACCCAGCGGCCCGGCCUCCUGCGGCCCCCGCGGGCCUCGCCCGCCGGCGUGUCCUGCGGCUGCGGCGGCCUCCACACCGAGGGGGACAAAGCAUUUGCAGAGUUUCUGAUAGAUGAAAUUAAAGAGGAGAAGAAGAUCCAGAAACAUAAAUCCCUGCCCAAGAUGUCUGGAGGGUGGGAGCUAGAAGUGCAUGGCACUGAAGCCAAAUUGUUGCGGAAAAUAGCUGGUGAGAGGAUUACAGUUACAUUCAACAUUAACAACAGCAUUCCACCAACAUUUGAUGAAGAGCCACAAGAAGGACAGAAAGCUGAUGAACAGGAGCCUGAACUUACAUCGACUCCUAACUUUGUUGUAGAAGUAACAAAAGAUGAUCCCAAACAGACUCUUGUGCUUGACUGCCACUAUCCUGAGGAUGAGAUUGGACAUGGGGAAGAGGAGGAGAGUGACAUUUUCUCAAUUCGGGAGGUCAGCUUUCAGCCCACUGGAGAAUCAGACUGGAAGGACACCAACUACACUCUCAGCACAGACUCUCUUGACUGGGCUUUGUAUGACCACUUAAUGGAUUUCUUGGCUGACCGAGGAGUGGACAACACAUUUGCUGAUGAGUUAAUUGAGCUCAGCACUGCACUGGAGCACCAGGAGUACAUUAGAUUCCUUGAAGACCUUAAAAGCUUUGUCAAAUGUCAGUAAUGGGAAAUUAAAAGUCAAAGCCUUUAACCAUGGAUACCCUGUAGCAGUGCUCUUACCCGCAGCUGAUACCACCAGUAAGUUUAAAACUUCGAAGUGGGAUAAACACAUCAUGGAAAACAAAAUGAUUAUCAAUGAUUGCAUUUCAAAUUUAAUUUAUGUUGCAGCCUGGAUUUUAAGUUUAUGUCAUUCUCACACCCUUUUGGGUAUUUUUGUACAAUUAAGAAACAUGAUAUAAUGACAUGAAGAAUAAAAUCCGCUCAAGAAAAAAA